AUGUGCGAUAGCAGCAUCUCUCCGCCCACCACCACCACCACCACCAGCACCACUACCACAACAACGACCACAACCACAACAACGACAACGACGACAACCACGACCACAACGGAGACCACAACUUCGUCAACGUCAAGCAGCACCACAACAACACCUUCGUCAACAACAACGAUGACCGAUGCCACCAGCAUCAAUUCGACAGCGGCUCCCGCUGACACCACAGUGGCUCCCACCAGCACAGAGGAAACGUCAAGCUCAUCAACGGAGAGCACCACCGAAGCCAAGGCACGGGUGACGACCACGACUUCGGAGCUCCCAAACGUAACCAUCUCCAGCACCACCUCCAACAACACUUUGCCCUCAACGUCCACAAACUCGACUUCGGCCUCGACUUCGGCCGAGGCACCAGCCGAGACGCCAACCGAUGCGCCGACUGGGGUCGGCAAUGGCACAAAGUGUGUUGAAGUGUUCCAGCAGUGCGGCGGACAAGGAAUCGCCACACCUCUCUGCUGUGAGAGGGGCUCCUUUUGCGAUGAUGCGCGGCCUGAAUACUGGCAGUGCUUGCCUUCGAAGACAGACAUUGAUUGUGCCGGCUAUAACGAACAAUGUGGCGGCAAGGGAUACAAUGGCCCGACGUCGUGCUGCCUUGGUAGCCAGUCAUGCACCAAGAAAACAGAGCACUAUUCCAUCUGCAGCGGAUUGUAG